CAUAGAUUAUCCGGUUUUUUGUGGCCAUGGGUUUAUGCGAGUUCAAAACUUAACCAUGGUGUCUCAUUAGUCGUCCGACUGAGAGGGGAUUGGGGCAGCUGGUUUCGAAAUCAGCAAUGGAGAUGGCAGCAGCUGUAGAUGUAGCACACCCAUGUUUUCGCACUUUUGCUUCGCUUUCAUCCUCCAAACGACGCUCAGAUUGUUCCGUUAAUAUAGCUGGGAGAUCCGUCUACCAGAGACCCAAAAUCUUAACUUUGUCAUCAAACCUAAGCCAAUUCGCUGGCAAUGUCCCCACCAAAAAUGCAGGGUCUCUGAGUGUAAGAUGCAACGCCAGCGAAGUUUCCGCAUCCGUUGCAGAAGAAGCUUCUAGCAUGGACAAGAAUUGGGUCCCUGUGGUACCUCUUUCUGCACUGCCCCAAGGAGAACGCAGGCUGGUUAGGCAGAAUAACGACAACAUUUUGCUGCUAUGGUAUAAAAAUGAUGUGAUUGCCAUUGAGAACAAGUCACCUGCUGAGGGCGCCUACAGUGAAGGUCUUAUCAAUGCAAAAUUAACACAGGAUGGUUGUAUUGUCUGCCCAACCACGGAUAGCACUUUCAGUCUAAAAACAGGAGAUAUAGUAGAAUGGUACCCAAAAAACCCAGUGCUCAGAUUUUUGACACCACCUCUCAGAAAGCUCUUCAUUUACCCAACAAAAGUAGAAUCGGAUUACAUUUAUAUUAACAUGGGACCAACAAAUGACGGUGCAGAAUCAGCAGAAAUUGUUUUCAGUGGAAAGACACAAGCGGGUUUGACAGCCACUGAUGUGAAUGUGGAGGAGGUUCGGAUGGUUGUGGAUGAAAAUGAUACAGGCUUCGGUUUUACAGCAAGAAAUGAAUUGAUCAAUGGAAGGGCAGCCACAGUAGGGUUCUUAUUGUUGUUGAAUUUUGAAUUAUUAACUGGUAAAGGUUUACUAAAAGGCACUGGAUUCUUAGAUUUUCUCUACUCUGCAUCUCAAGCCUUAAAUCAAUAAAUAUCAAAAAUCAAUAGUUUUGCAGUAACAAACUUAUAUUGUUCUGCAUGCUGCAAUGGAGUUGAGUGGUUUUAUUUGGUAAGUUCAAAUGAAGGUAGAGAGAAAAACUUGCGGGCCCAUGAUGAAAAUAGUUCUUGAUGGCCACAUCCUAAAUCUAUUUGUUGGCCAGACGUAUCAACGGCCUAAAAGUUGUAACCUUUAUUGCAUGUUGAAUAGUAUUAUUUAUGCUUGCUACCUCCUUGUGUUAAUUAGGACCGUCUCUGUUGUAGCAUAUGAGAAGAAUCCUUGUACUGCUUUACGAGCAAUUUUUCUUUUCAAUUUUAAAUUAGUAAUGUUCAGCC